GAUGGGUGGCGAUUUGAAUACCAAGAAGUCAUGGCAUCCCCACCUUCGCAAGAACCAGGAGAGGGUAUGGAAAGAGGAAAGCGCUGCCUUGGAAGAGCGCAAACUUAUUGAGAAACUCAGAAAAGAGCGCGAAGAAGAGAGGGCGGUUGAGGAGCUCCAGAAGCUGCAGGAAGCCGCAGGUGGCAAAGUUGCGACGAAGCGAGUCGAGUGGAUGUACGCAGGUCCCAGCGGUGAUGGCGCAGGCGUGACGGAAGAGCGCGAGGCAUACCUUUUGGGAAAACGACGGGUCGAUACACUUCUAAAGGACGACACCCAUGCUCUACAGAAAGGUGCAGUGGUUGGCAUCGAUGCAGUUGGCCAGGAAAAUGCGAACACGGCGCGAGACACACAGAAGAAGGUGCUCGAGGAUCCGCUCCUGAUGAUACAGAAGCAGAAAAUGGAGAUGCAGCUCAAAGCUAUGAGAGCAGCACAGAAGUCUCAGCAAUACGAAGAGAAACGCGCCAAAGAGAAGGACCGUGAGCGACGGCACAGGCAUGGACAUCACAGUCGGCGAGAUCGGUCACGAUCGGCUUCUAAAGACCGCGAUGAGCGAGACCGGAGGCAUCAUAGGCACAGACGAGAGGAUAGAGAUGAUCGUUACCGACGCAGGUCACGCUCACCGCGGAGGCACGACCGUUCCAAGAGGGAUAGCGAAGAUAACUACCGGAAACGAUCACGGUCGCGCUCCCCUUACCGGAAAAGCCAUCGUGAUGACUACCGGCAACGUUCUCGAUCACGCUCCCCCUACCGCAAAAGCAACCACAAUGACUACCGGAAGCGUUCGAGAUCUCCACGUCCUCGAGACCGCCGACCCUCUCCACCUCGUCGCCCAUCCCCACCCUCAAGCAAAGAAAAAGUGGAGACUGGACCCAGCGCUGCAGAACGGCUUGCUGCCAUGCAGGCAGAUGCAUCUUCAUUGGAAGAUCAGCGUCUUGAACGCUUGCGUCAACUUGAACAGGAUGUUGCAGCAGAGGAAGCGAAACUUAGGAAUGACAAGGAUGGCGGUCAACGUUUCAUCGCUGGUGUGCGGAAUAAAGCCGUGGGCUCAGAUUUGGGCGAGGCUAUCGCUCGAGGUCGACAGACUUUGACAAAGGAAAGCAAUGUAUAAUUUUUUUGGGGUGGACUUGGUUGAGGACCCGGCGUUGUCUGCUUCCGUUCUUGUUAUAAAUAUUGAUACCCAGGCAGAAUGGAAUGACACAUAUCUAAAAACCGAAUAAUUCAGUCUUGUAAAUUAGUACUAUGUAUUCUCAUUCGAUAGAGUUGACAAGAGUCCCAUUCGACAUCCAUUGAAUUGCUGGACGCAAAUCUAAACAGCAAAUCCGGAGUCAAGCUGAACCAUGCAAGUAAGCUACAAUGUACUAUCAGUGUGCCGAGACGCUGCACUAUAUCAGUUCCCAGUAUGCAAUGACCUUGCCCAGCGCGAAGUUUCUAUCUGCUUGUACCAACGUGCUCCAUUGAGGACAAGUGGGCGGAAUAUUGUUGGAGACAGUUUUGAUAGUAGAGAUCAUCCCGUGUAUCAAGCUAAGGUAUACAAGUUCUUCGUCGCUAUUCGUUCUAUGGAAUCAGGAUAUCUUGCACCCAUCUCGAUAUCAACAUACCCACACAAACUUUCACGUCUAGUAUUUGGCGUUAAGCGCCAUGAGACCUAUCAUACCCUCCAAGAAGGCCUUAAUAUCUUGCAGAUCUUAUUCCGAUCUUUUUUUAUAAAUCAGGGUUACUUGGACGUCUCCUUCUUACUACGACGACCAAAUUUGGCCUUCUC